UUAUUAUUUUUUUCUUUCUUGUUUUUGGUGGGGGUUUUUCUCGCUUCUGCUCGCGAUGCCGGAACCUGCAAAAUCAGCUGCUAAGAAAGGCUCGAAGAAAGCCGUGACCAAGACGGCAGGUAAAGGCGGUAAAAAGCGCAAGAAGUCGCGCAAGGAAAGUUACGCCAUCUACGUGUACAAAGUGCUGAAGCAGGUCCACCCGGACACGGGCAUCUCCUCCAAGGCCAUGAGCAUCAUGAACUCGUUCGUGAACGACAUUUUCGAGCGGAUCGCCGGUGAGUCAUCGCGUCUCGCGCACUACAAUAAGCGCUCCACCAUCACGUCUCGCGAGAUCCAGACCGCCGUGCGCCUGCUGCUUCCGGGGGAGCUCGCCAAGCACGCUGUGUCCGAGGGCACCAAAGCUGUGACAAAGUACACCAGCUCCAAGUGAAUCUCUCUCACGCACACACACCCUUGCUCUACCCACGUGGGAAAAACAUACCAACAAAGGCUCUUUUAAGAGCCUCCCAGGUCCCAAUAAAGGAGCUGCUUUUCGUGUUUUUUUUUUUUUUUUUCCCUCAGGUUCCGGAGAGUGUUAUAUAUUAAUAAAAGACUAUACUGUUUCUGUGUAAAAAAAAAAACACCAUGAAUUCCUCUUUGUUCAGCUUUGGCCCAGCGCCAAACAAACAGCAUGCUGCUUUCAACUAGGUCCGCGUCUUAGAUAUUAUAGUUCCUCGCUUACACACCGCUCUUCAUUUCUUUGAACGCUGCGUGAAGGACGGAAGGAGAGUGUUAGUCGCACCGAGAUGUCUGGCAGAGGAAAAGGCGGGAAAGGGCUCGGGAAAGGCGGCGCCAAGCGA